GCUGUCACUCACCGCCGCAGCAGUACCCGGGCCGGAAGCGCAGGGAAGCCGCGGGUGGAGAGAUUUCAAAUGGAGCCCGUGUAGGCAUCGCCGCGGCGGUCUUACGGAGCUGCAAGCUGCGCCAGGCGUGACCCGUGGCGGCCGGCGACAGCGUGCAAGGAGGAAACGGCGGCGAUCGGAGACCAGAGGACCGCCUUUUGCGCGCCGUCCGUCACUAGAGAAGCCAGCGAGCGAGAGAGGGAGAUCGGGCGGACGGGCAGGCGGAGUGCCGGCCGAAGCGACGAAACAUGGCCACGGCCAGCAGCAUCGCCGCCUCGCUGGCGAGCAAAACCAAGACCAAGAAGAAGCACUUCGUGGCGCAGAAGGUGAAGCUGUUUCGAGCGAGCGACCCGCUGAUCAGCGUCCUCAUGUGGGGAGUCAAUCACUCGAUCAACGAGCUGAGCCACGUGCAGGUGCCAGUGAUGCUCAUGCCAGACGACUUCAAGGCCUACUCCAAGAUCAAGGUGGACAAUCACCUCUUCAAUAAAGAGAACAUGCCAAGCCAUUUUAAGUUCAAGGAGUAUUGCCCUACGGUCUUCCGCAACCUGCGAGAGCGAUUCGCCAUCGAUGACCAGGACUACCAGAACUCUCUGACCAGAAGCGCGCCCUUCACAAACGACUCGCAGGGACGCAGCGGUGCCCGGUUCCACACAACCUACGACAAAAGAUACGUCAUCAAAACCAUCACGAGUGAAGAUGUCGCUGAAAUGCACAACAUCCUGAAGAAGUACCACCAGUUCAUCGUCGAGUGCCACGGAAACACACUUUUACCACAAUUCCUGGGAAUGUACCGGCUCACCGUGGACGGCGUGGAGACCUACAUGAUUGUAACGAGAAACGUCUUCAGCCACCGGCUGUCGGUGUGCCGGAAGUACGACCUGAAGGGCUCCACGGUGGCUCGAGAGGCCAGUGAUAAAGAAAAGCACCGUUUCCAAGAUGAGAGCUCCAAGUUGCGCCAUCGGCUUCAAACAGUCAAGACAGCAACCCGCUUUUACAGCUCCAUCAAAAACGCCAAAGAGUUGCCAACGUUCAAGGACAACGACUUCAUAAACGACGGGCAGAAGAUUUACAUCGACGAGAACAACAAGAAGAUGUUCUGUGAGAAAUUAAGAAAGGACGUGGAGUUCUUGGCCCAGAUGAAGCUGAUGGACUACAGUCUACUCGUUGGCAUUCAUGAUGUCGAGAAAGCUGAGCAAGAGGAGGUGGAAUUGGAGGAGAAUGACGGAGAGGAAGAUGCCGAAAGCGACGGCACCCACCCCGUGGGCACGCCACCCGACAGUCCCGGCAACACUCUGAGCAGUUCCAAGCCCCUGCUUCCUGGCGAGUUUGACCCCACAAUUGACGUCUAUGCCAUUAAGAGUCACGAGAAUGCCCCAAGGAAGGAAGUCUACUUUAUGGCAAUAAUUGACAUCCUCACUCAUUAUGAUGCAAAAAAGAAGGCCGCCCAUGCCGCCAAGACAGUCAAGCACGGGGCUGGCGCCGAGAUCUCCACCGUCAAUCCAGAGCAGUACUCCAAGCGGUUCUAUGACUUCAUCGCCAACAUCCUCACAUAGCCCGAGUGGUGGACUCGACACGCGGACCGGGGGAGCCGCCACCACGCCUGACCUCGAUGACCAGCUCAAGGCAGACCCUCAGACUCGUCUUCUGGAGAAGGUGCACGGCAGAGGGAAACGGCUUUCAACAGCUUCAUGAUCUCCCAGCAUUCUACCUGCUAGUGUUGAGUUUACUUUGAAUUUUUAUUUCUUGGUGCAAAUAAAAUGGAAAUCGCAGCCAUGGGGACCACCCGGAGGAGCGAGAGUGGCACAGUGCCAGAAGAACUCUUCCUCUUCCUCCUCCUUCUCUUCUUCUCCUCCUCUAUCUCUCUUCCUCAUCUUUGGGCCAAGUGACUUUUAGCAGCCCCCCUGGCAGGCGUCCGGGGGUCCCGGGUUCAGAAGGUGGCCCCCCCCAUAUCGUCCAGGCUGCUUCCAGACUCACGUCUACACUGUGUGACAGCUGUGCCUUCCUGCUUGGUGACCUGCUGUGAGCGGCGUGAGCUCGGGGUGGCGGGCUCCUCGGUCCGGGCAGGUCUGCUCCGCAAUGGACAUGGCAACUCGCUUCAUUCUCUGUGUUCGACUCCCACCCAUCACCAGUGGCACCGUCAGGGGCAGGGGUGGGGAUGAUAAGCGGGCGGACGGUGACGCUGCGCCAUUAAACGCUUGUAGCCGCUUGUCUGAACCUUUCUGUGCUGUCCGUCCGUCUGUGUUGGUGAGUCGGCCGUUUAGGGUGAGACCACCAUGCCAUGUCUGUCCUCAAACCGCCGCGCCUUGCUUUAUGUAAUAAAGCGUUUCCCAUUUCUC